AUGGCAGAUGCCCAGAAAAUGGAAGAGAAGAACAGCAGGUGGAAACUGCAGGCGCUGGAUUGGAGGGAUGUGAACCAGGACUUCUGGACUGUAGGUCCCAGAGCUCUAAGUGCCGCCCCCUUCGGCGAUGGCGGAAAUAAGGAAAUCUGCAAUCCUGAGUUAAGUGAGAAGAACCCAACCUUGAGAAUAUUCGCAAACAUUUGCUUUGAAGCCUGGAGUCCGCUUUGUGCCACCGAUGAUCAAUUACAGCUCUGCCUCUUGAAGUGGGCCAGGAGGAGAAAGGCUUCAGUGCACCUGCACUGUGAGAAGGUGAUGAUCCACUCCAGUGCUGUCUUUAAGAUCCUGAAGCUUCUGCGCGCUGUGCGACUGGAUUCUCUCCACCAGCUGGAGGUGAUUAGUCACUGGUGUCCAGAAGGCAUGAAAGCAUUUGCUCCUCAGCUAAGGAAGAUGGAAAACCUUCACACAUUUCACUUCAGAAGUCUGAGUUCAGAAGAGUUUACAUCAACCAGGGAAAACAAGUGGUAUUCCCGCAUCUGUGCCUCUCACUUAGGGCAGCUGAAAAAUCUCCGGGAGCUUCAGAUGGAUGAAUUUGCCCCUUUCCUGGGACGGAUAAAUAAUCUUCACAAACUAAUUCUCUCUGAUAUCUCUGGACCUUCCAUCAUUUCCCCAGAGAAGAGAGAGCAGUUCACCAUAAUCACCUCUCAGUUUCUUAAGCUUCACUGUCUGCGAGAGAUUUACAUGAACUCUGUCCACUUCCUGGAAGGCCACUUGGACCAGUGGCUCAGGUGCCUGAAGGUCCCCUUGGAGACCCUGUCAUUAACUCAGUGCCAGCUUUCCCACUUUGACUGGAACCAGCUGCCCCACUCUGAGUGGACCCGACAGCUAGAACACUUGGAUCUGAGUUCCUCCCUGACCACCAUGCAUUUGGAAAACUGUGGGAUCACAGAUGUGCAGGUCUGUGCCUUCCUGCCUUCUCUGAGCUGCUGUUCCCAGCUCACUACCUUCUGCUUCGUAAGGAAUUUCAUGUCCAUGGACACCAUGAAGAAGCUGCUGGGCCACACUGCCAGGCUGAGGACCUUAAAGGUGGAGCUGCACUCUAUUCCUCCAGAGGUUUGUGUUCGCAGGGAAGGUGUUCACCUGCAGAUGUGGACCGAGUUGAGUGGUGGUGGCCAGCCUGAGGGCCAGCACACAACAGUGCUCGCUGCCGCAUGGCUCCCCAUGUACCUGAGCCCUUCUUUCUGGGCACCUAAGAAGCAGGGAGCCAGCCAGUCAGAAGACCGGCGCUUCCUGCCCAUGGCUCACCAUGAGCUGGAGGCCCUCCUUCCAGGCGCCUAG